AAAAAAAAAACAACACUAAGGGCUCAUUCUUAUUCUGUUAUUCAUCUUCUUCCCUCACCAUAUAUUUCACACUCAAACCAUAAACUGUCCAAUUUUAUUUUAUUUUUCAUUUUUCCGCAAAUUUCAGGAUCAUGCUAAGCUUCACAGCUUCUCAUUCUCAAUAACACGGGAGUUAAAGAGAGAAAAUGGAUUGAUUUGUUUUUGAUUGAGCCAAAAACGAAAUGAGAUGAACAUGAACUCGAUGCUAUUGACUUCCUGUUCCUACGGUUAGGGUUUUAUCAUUCAGAUUCGGAUUCAAUUGCGGCACCGCUUUCUCGUCGGCUUCUACUUAUCGCAGUCACUUGUAAUUUUGUUCUUUUAACUGGCUUACUAGCUUUUUGAUGAUUUGUAUGGACAUGUUUAGUACGUUUUGUGAAUCUGUGCAGAAAUCUUGUUGAAUUGUUUGUGAGGUUUUUGAGAUACUGAGGAGUUAUUGUUGUGGUUGUUGAUUGUAGUAAUGUUGAGUGCGAAUGAUCCAGUUGAGUCGUUUUUUAAUUCGAUUCAACAUUUGAAAGAUGCAAUUUCGCCGCUCGAAUUAGGUAUUAGAAAAGCGGCCAAAGAUCUUGAGAGUUGUAUGGCAGUUCAUAAGAGGAAUGGAAACAAUCUUGAAUUGAAUGGAAUUGGAAAGAGCAGUAGCAAAAUACAGAUCUCUUCUGUGAAGAAGAAAAGUAAUGGUAUUAAUAAUAAUAGUAUUAAUAAUAGAGAUGCUAAUAGCGGUGGGCAGUGUGUGGUUAGUGAAGAGAAGAAGAAAGGAUUGUUGUCAAUUAAGUCGCCAAUGAAGACAUUUUUAGGACUGUUUUCACCAAAUUUAGGGAAUGGGAAAGUUGGGGUGGUUUCAAAGAAAGGAGUGAAAGAGAGGGAUUUGGAUAAGGGUGAUGGGUCUUGUAUGAACUGCUUGCAGUUUGCGGUUACUUGGUCUUUGUUGGUUAAUGGUUUUGUUCAGGCUUUGCCGAGUCCGUUUAAAGGGGGCAAGAAACGGAUUCAGAAAGUUGGGGAUGAAGAUAAAGGGCAUUUGAGUUCACGUGCAUAUGGUCUGAAAUCUAAGGUUUUUUGUGAGUUUAAGCAAAGGGAAGCCAAGAGUCAGUCUGUAAAUGUGUAUAAGAAUGAGAGCGUAGCACAUGAGGGGAAACAUGUAUCGCUUGAGUGCUUUAUUGGGUUUAUAUUUGAUAGUUUGAUUCAAAACCUACAAAAAUUUGAUCAGCUUAUGCAGGAAAGUGAUCAAAAGGGUUGUGAUUAUUUGGAACCAGCCUCGACCUUGCCUCCGUCUUCUUCUCAGUUUGAUCAUUGGAAGGCAGUUAUAAGUAUUUGGGAAUGUAGAAAAUCUGAUGUUAAUGGAUUUUUGGGGAACUUGAAGUUCGCGAGAGUGGGAGGUCUGCCUUCUAGUAUAGUUGGGGUAACUUCUUCGGUCAAUGAAGAGGGUGAAGAUGGUGUUAGUACAGCCAGUGGGGAAGAAACAGGGGGUAAUUCACCGCAGAAGCUGGCCGGUGGGAUACUUAGUAUUCCUCUAUCAAACGUGGAGCGUUUGAGAUCCACAUUAUCUACUGUUUCAUUGACAGAACUGAUUGAGCUUUUACCACAAUUGGGGCGAUCUUCUAAAGACCAUCCAGACAAGAGGAAGCUAUUCUCUGUCCAGGAUUUCUUCAGAUACACAGAGACUGAAGGAAGGAGGUUCUUUGAGGAACUGGAUAGAGAUGGUGAUGGCCAAGUGACAUUAGAAGAUCUUGAAAUUGCAAUGAGAAAGAGAAAAUUGCCACGAAGAUAUGCUCGGGAAUUCAUGCGCCGUACCAAAAGACAUCUAUUUUCAAAAUCAUUUGGUUGGAAACAAUUUUUGUCGUUGAUGGAACAGAAAGAACCAACCAUCCUCCGUGCAUACACUUCUCUAUGUUUAAGCAAGUCUGGUACACUGCAAAAGAGUGAAAUAUUGGCAUCACUAAAAAAUGCAGGACUUCCAGCAAAUGAAGACAAUGCUGUUGCUAUGAUGCGAUUUCUGAAUGCGGAUACAGAAGAAUCUAUCUCAUAUGGACAUUUUCGGAAUUUUAUGCUUUUGCUGCCUUCUGAACGGCUGCGAGAUGAUCCUCGGAGUAUCUGGUUUGAAGCUGCGACUGUUGUUGCUGUUCCUCCACCUGUGGAAAUACCUGCUGGAAGUGUUCUAAAAGCUGCAUUGGCAGGCGGCCUUUCAUGUGCACUUUCCACAGCAUUAAUGCACCCUGUUGAUUCUAUAAAGACUCGAGUGCAAGCUUCAACUCUUACCUUUCCAGAAAUCAUCUCAAAUCUUCCACAAAUUGGAGUACAGGCAUUAUAUAGGGGUUCAAUCCCUGCAAUUCUUGGACAGUUUUCAAGCCAUGGCCUGCGAACUGGAAUAUUUGAAGCAAGUAAGCUCCUGCUACUAAAUGUUGCUCCAACACUGCCUGAACUCCAGGUUCAAUCUAUUUCAUCAUUGUGUAGCACAUUUUUGGGGACAGCAGUGCGGAUCCCAUGUGAAGUAUUAAAGCAGCGGUUACAGGCUGGUAUUUUCAACAAUGUGGGAGAGGCCAUUGUUGGAACUUGGCAUCAAGAUGGUCUCAAGGGGUUUUUUCGUGGGACUGGUGCCACUCUUUUCCGAGAGGUUCCAUUCUAUGUUAUUGGCACAGGACUUUAUUCUGAAUCAAAGAAGAUUUUCCAGCAAAUUCUUGGCCGGGAGCUGGAGCCCUUUGAAACAAUUGUUGUUGGAGCUUUAUCUGGAGGGCUAACUGCUGUCCUCACUACACCUUUUGAUGUUAUGAAAACAAGAAUGAUGACUGCUCCACCAGGUCGAUCUGUAACAAUGUCAAUGGUAGCUUUCUCUAUACUCCGUCAUGAAGGACCCCUUGGGCUAUUUAAGGGAGCUGUACCUCGAUUUUUCUGGAUUGCUCCUUUGGGUGCUAUGAACUUUGCAGGUUAUGAGCUAGCGAGGAAGGCCAUGGUAAAAAAUGAGGAAUCAGCAGGAGACCAGUUAUCCCAGAAGAAGUUUGCUAGUUCGGGAUAGAUACAAGGUUUUUUAAAGUAAGAACAUAACUUUCAACAGACUCCUGGGAUUUUGUUUUGCCAUAAUUGCAAAUAAUUGUUGCUGGAAAGUUUUGAUCCUUUUCUGAAACAACUAGCAGCAUGUUCUUCAAAUUUUCUAUCUGUCGACAACUCGGCCUUUCUUGUUUAGACAUUGUAGUUCUUGUCUUAGUUUUUCCUUUUUUUCCCCCUUGUUUUAAACUUUUUGGUCCACCAGGAACGGCAGUUCAAAUACGUUCUCAGUUAAAUUUUGUAUUUUGCGUUCACAAUUUACAUUUAUGUACAUUAUGUGCAGUUAAUGCCUUCUGCUUUUAAUGUUAAUUCAUUUUUGAAGAA